CUUCCGUAGUUUUCUGAAUCCAGCCUCGUCAUCGACUACAUUUCCCAUGGCGCAUCUGCCGCGCGGGACUACAUUUCCCAUCAUGCAACGUGACCGUGAUGCGCGUCAGAGCGUGUGGAAAGUCUCACGCGUUUUUGAACACAACGAUGAAUCAUAACGCCUAAAAAUAUCGCGUCAGAGUCCCGUGCGUUUCUUACGGUAGGAAUGGAAAGGCAUGUGCAGGCGGAUCGGGUUAUUUAGGUCCGGGCACUAUUGUCUGCUUAGCUAGCGAAGUAAGUGAGUCUCUGCGCUGCGAUGAUCCGGCUGGCUGCGGUGCGUGCGCUCGUGGCCCGCCACACGCCCGGUCCGGGUCACCUGCACGCCCGGUUCCUCGGGACACACCGACGCCAGAUCAGCCCGGAGCAGCUGGAGCUCCCGAACCAGGCGCGCGAGUUCGUGUACAGCCUGAGCCCGGCGAACCGGAGCUGCUUACUGAAGGAGCUGCAGAGCUUCGAGUCCAGCACCAAAGACUCGGAGGAAUCGUCUCCGCCGACGACAGCGCAGCUCAGAUACAUUCUCCUGCACAACGCCAUUCCCUUCAUCGGCUUCGGCUUCCUGGAUAACGCCAUCAUGAUCGCCGCCGGCACUCAGAUUGAACUGUCCAUCGGAUUGACGCUGGGAAUAUCCACCAUGGCUGCGGCGGCUCUGGGGAAUCUGGUGUCUGAUCUGGCUGGACUCGGUUUAGCAGGUUACGUGGAGGCUCUGGCUGUGCGCUUCGGGAUGCAGAUCCCUGAUCUCACACCGAAACAAGUGGAUAUGUGGCAGACCAGAGUCACUUCACACAUGGGUAAAGCCAUCGGCAUCACUAUCGGAUGCAUUCUGGGAAUGUUUCCGUUGCUCUUCUUAAGCGAUGAUGAUGAUGAGAAGAAGAAGAAUCAUCCAAACUCAAAAUGACAGGCUUUCCAUCUGCACGACAACAACGACAUUUAUAUUGGCAAAGUGAAGAAAUCAAGCAAAAGAACAAAAGUGCACGCGGUAAACAUCAUCAUCAUCAUCAUCAUCAGAGUAAUGGAAAAAAUCAUUAAACCACAGUAGCUAGUUAAUCUAGAGAGACGUUAUAACGAGCAUGAGUUGAGUUUCUCUCUCUUUAGAACUAACACUAUUUUAAAGGUCCGUUCACAGCAGGAACGAUAACUCUAACGAUAGUUUCAUUAGUUUUAAUAAUCACUCCACACUACAAUCAUAACGAUAGCAACACAGAGGAACGAUAGGAAUCGGCUUCAAUGAUUUUUUUCAAUUAGAAUCAAGUCACGUGUAUUUCUACAGCACUUUAUACAGUACAGACCGAUUCAAAGCAGCUUCCCAGAAAUAACCGGAAACGUCAUCAGUUAUGAUCAUAGUGUCAGUGCUGUUUAAUCUAUCAUAUUACUGAAGAUUAAUAGUCUUUUAAUCCUGAAUACUGUUGUAGUUAUUGUUCUCGGUGUGAACGGGCCUCUCUUUACCUUUCUGUUGUUUGUUUUCACUAAUAUUUUCUCUGGUUUAGAUUUUAGCAGCAUGUUUUUCUGCGGAAACGUUUGGUGAAGAAUGAAGUGUGUUUUAGUUUAGUUUGACGUGAUUAACUCGCAUCUGCCAAACGUGGGUCAAACUAGAACCAUUUGCAUUAUAUCUUUGCAACAUCAUGAAACUAAACAUAUCACACAUCAAUAUGAUUUCAACUGGAAUUAGCUUUAUUCUGAACAGAACAAGCUUUUUUACUCUCACACAUGAUGUUAUGUGACGUUCUGCGUUCCCAUCAUGCAUCUGAGACGUGAAGUAAACCUCUUGAGCCGCUGGGAUGAACCUGGAGCUCUCACGGGUUUCCUCAACGAAACACUGUGUUUUAAUCAGUCCAGACGCGUUUUUAAUUUACUUGCAUUACGUUUUCACAAAUUUAAGGCCUAAAAUGUUUUUAAAUUUGAGCAUAAAGUCUUAAAUCCAUGACAUUAAAUGUUGCAUGCAUCG